AUGGGUUCACGUACAACAAUUGUUACUCGACUUUCCAUCAUCCCUGAAGGCAGUGGCUCAUCCACUCUGCGCCGCUCUUCGACGUCAAUCGUCACUCGCGCACUGGACCCCGAGUCUCAACGGUCGCAGUCCGAGUCCGUCAACGGUUCGCUAACUCAUCGCCUGCAAGAAGCGGAUCAUCCGAGAGUGCAUUCGAGACUCGCUGCGACGCUGCGUCAAACUGCUUCCACCAACGUGCAAACAAGAACAAGCAUCGCCGUAUCGCCACCACGAAAGUCACCGCCUCGUAUUAAGCCUCCAUUCGAAGAAGACCUUUCACAGCCCGUGGUCGCAACGCCGACGGAGCGCGUAGAACCGCGGGGUCCGACGAUGACGAUUGAACCAAUCUCGUCCCCUCGGAGUGAACCCAGGGCCGGACCUUCGGACGAGCAUGAACGUCGCCUUGCCUCACUGGUUCUCAAGGGAAAGAAGAUGUAUAAGGAAGCAACACUUGAAGACAUCUCGACCACGGAGGGGGUCUCCCAAGCCCGGCGGCAGUUCCUCGAAUCAUACGAGGCUUUUAAGCAGGCGAGCGAGGACAAGAAAGCGAGCAAGGCGGCCUGGAAGGUCGCGAACUUGACUGCCGACCUGGGAUACCGUGCCUCCAAGCUGGGCGACAAUCACAGUGCAGCGAGGCUGUUGCUCGAGGUACGUCCAAGUUUUAGUGCAUCUCGAGGGCGGGCAGAAACUCUCCGUUUUCUUUCGCCCCUAGGAGCUUCGCGAUACUGACGGUUCUGUGUCCAUCCAGGCUCGAUCGAUCUUUCAAAGAAUAGGCGAUUUGGCCAAGGAAGCGACAUGCUUGCAACAACUCGGACUUGUUUGCAUUGCCUCAGGCGAUCCUCUGCAAGCCGCCGACUACCUCAAAAACGUGAGUCUGCUCGCUUCUUCAAGCCAUCGAGCCUUUCACCUUGAGCUCUGACGUUCCGACUUCCUUCUCCAAUCAACAUGUAUCUAGGCGAUCGUGAUCCUGAUCGAAACGGGCAACGUGCCCCAAGAAGCUUCGACCUCGUGCGAAUUGGCGAACCUGCUCUCUUCCUCGGACCCGCCCUCCGCCAUCCUCUUCUACAAGCAGGUCCUCGUGCUCUUUUGCAAGCUCUCGGACUCGGUGCGUGAAGCAAGAACUCUAUACGCCGUCGCGAAACUGUACACGACCGAACGGGAAUACGCCACUUCGUUCGCAUACUACCUCCAAGCCCGAGUCAUCUUUCGUCGGUUGGGCGAGACUUGGAUCAAAUUCGUUGCAGCGGAUGCGGAUUGCUCCUACGCUUUGGGAAAGCUCGCCGCAAAGGGGGAGCUAUUCCCCGCCGCAGUGUCGUACCUCGAAGAAGCAUCCUUGCUGUACCGACAAGUCAGCCAACCCGUCGACGAAGCAUGGUCCCUCUAUCGUCUUUCCCUCGUCAUGCUCCGCUGCGGCGACCACCAACUCGCGAUCGACUACCUCCUCGAAGCGCAACAAUUGUUCGCCGCCAAACCCAACCAACUCAAGGCCCAAGCUUCAUGCUGCGGUCGUAUUGCGCAAGCGUAUCGGAUGUUGAAGGACCCCGCCAAGGAAUACGAAUAUACGCUUCAAGCCUCAAGGCUACACCCAUUACAGCGAUCAACCUCGACUAAAGCAUCAUCAAACCCUUCCGGGCCACGAGCAAAAACGCACCAUCGCAACUUGUCGACGAUGCUACCCCCUCUGGAAGAAGAGAAUCAGCAGGUCGAAGAAAUAACCGAGUUCCAAAACGUUUCCUUCCCCUAG